GGAAAAAAAUGGCGGACAGCCUUGUUUGGUGACCCCCGUGAAAUGGUCGUUCGACCCCAAAUAGGGUCCCGACCCACAGGUUGAGAACCACUGGAUUAGAUAAAAAAUAAACUUCAUGAAAAGUGGAGUCAUGAAUGUAAAAAGAAUCAAAGUUGUGCUUUAAAGACAAGAAAUCCUUGCAGUUAAAAGAAGGAAUGACAGGUGAAACACAGAGAAACCUUCAAAGCAACCACAAAUCUUUUACAUUUCCUUUUUCAAAAGAAAUGAAACAAAUAAGAUUAAAACCCUUACUUACAAAUGUAGGUACAAUCCCUGCAGACUAAUUUUGUAAUCUGCAAGAAUAAAAAAAAAGAUUGGUAGAAAUUGAAAAGGUCCUGCAGUGCACAGAUCUAAAUGUACUUGUUUUUGCACAUUAAACUGCGUAAAAUAUUAGCAUAAUCCUGCAACUGUAGCAGCAACUAUCAAUAUUUGAUAUGGUGCAGAAAAUAAAUUGUACUGCAAAUAUUGCAAAUUGGCUGAAUUAACUUUUUUAAGGAAACUGUUAAUCAGACUUAUUUGAGCAAUAAUGAAACCUUUAAUCUAAAAAAUAUAUACAAACAGAGAUGAAAAAAAUAUAUACAAACAGAGAUGAUCAAUUGUAAAAGGAAACAAAAAAAGCACUAUGGAAUUACUAAAAUGGAAGGGCAAUAACUCAAAGGACUGACAGCCUUCCAGGCCAGAUCUUGCAAAAUGUCAAGCAACAGUACUAAGCAAUAUUAAAGCUGUAAAAAGCAAAACAAAACAGGUUUUCAUGAAGCAAAUGUUAAGGACAAAUACUUGUAAAACAAAAAACUAGAGAAAGUGUUAGGUCACCCCCCCCUUUAAUCGAACAGACAACUGCAUUAACUCUGAUUUUUUAUUAUUAUUAAGACAAUUAGAAUAAAAAUAUGAUUACCUUCAUUUAUCAUCUAUUUGACAGCCUAAGAAUAAGAAUAAGACAGCCUAUGAAUAAGAAUUCAUAACAUCAGAGACACCUAGCCUGAAGCCACUUCUGCACAGCUGCCUUAAGAUGCUUGUCUUUGUGCUGAAUCUGGCUGGAAAUGAAACCAGCUAAAGAUGCAAUCUGAUGCUGUCUUCCUAGAUAUUGGCCAAUCUCCCUAUUUUGUGCCAUCCACAAAAUUGAGAAAUAUUCCAUCAAUCCUGUUACUGGGGUCAUUAAUAAAAAUAGUUGGAUAAUACUCCAGCUCAAGGUAGUUAUUAAUUCUGAAUGCUAAAUCAAAUUUUAUCAAGUCGUAAGUGAAAAUAUCCUAUGGCAACUUUUCCAAAAACUUUGCUAAAGUCAAAAUCAAGUUAGACUGGAAAAAGAUUUUUACCUUUGUAAGUGAAAACUAGGUAUACUAUGCUUUAAAACAAUGAUAGAAAUGUGAUUCCUGUUUGAAACUUGUAUUUCAAAUGUUUUACGUGGGCUCCUUUAAAAAUCCCAAACACAUGCCCCCUGUCACAUUAAUAAUUUGAAGGAUGUAAAAUUUUCUACCCUGUUUCGAAGGAAGUCACUGGCAGGGACGGAGAAAGAAAGCUGUUAUUAGUGCCUGAAUUAAAGAGGAGAGCUAUGUCGCAAGCAGAAGACUUCCUAAACUGAUUCCCCUUCCCAUAUUAAUUGAAACCAUCCUUCUCUUCCUCCCCCUGCCGGAGGCCUCAGCAGUGCAGCCCUCCCUUUCCCAACUGUGGAGAACUUGGCGCUUCGGCCGGAUUUCUCCCCCCUUCUAUCCACGGGCGGAGCGGAGGAAGAUUGCGGACGGGUUCGGAAGGGGGCCAAAUCCGCCGAUGGGGGAGUGCGGGGUGCCCGCUGGCGUCCAGUUGCUACUUCGCGCUUGUGAUCAGGGAGAUUGCGAGUGCGCCCGGCGAUUGCUAGUAGGACCUUCGCCUGCCGCCGGAGCCGCCGACGAAGCCGCGGCGGAGGCUGGCAGCGGCUCGUCGAGCGGAGGUGGAGUUGGGGCUGCGGCGGACAUUCCUCCCGGCUCGGUGCCAGUGGACUGCACAGACGAGGCGGGCAACACCGGCUUGCAGUUCGCAGCGGCCGGGGGACACGAAGAGCUGGUGGGCUUCCUGCUGCGGCGGGGGGCCUCGGUGCAGAGCCGGAAUCACUGCGGUUGGAGCCCGCUCAUGCAAGCAGCCAGGUUUGGACAUCUAAAUGUGGCUCGCAUCUUGCUGGAAAAUGGAGCUGAUCUUAAUGCACAGAAUAAAUUGGGAGCCAGUGUACUCACUAUAGCAUCACGGGGCGGCCAUAUCAGUGUGAUUAAGCUGCUUCUGGAAUCUGGUGCUUAUGUUGACAAUUAUGAUCACUUGAGCGUCAGCUUGGACAGCAGGAAGGAAGAAAUGCCAGCUGUCACUCCCCUUAUGACAGCUGUCCAACAUGGACAUGAGGCAGUCGUCCAUCUUCUAUUGGACUGGGGAGCUGAUUGUAAUUACUCUGUGAAAACUGUGGGUUGGACUCCCCUGAUGUUGGCAGCUGUUAGUGGAAGAGUUAGUUUAGCCCAACAGCUUAUGAACAAAGGAACCAAUCCUGAUCAUCUGAAUAUUCUGCAUAAAACACCGUAUGAAAUAUCUGUGGAUUUCAAACAGGAAGAUAUGAUGGAUUAUUUAGCACCUUUGACAACAGUUAGACCUCAGACAGAUAAGCAGAAAAGACAACCUGAUAUCUUCCAUGCUUUAAAAAUGGGAAAUUUUCAGCUGGUGAAAGAAAUUAUUGAUGAAGACCCAGCACAAUCCAAUGUCAUUAACGAUGAUGGUGCUUCUCCACUGAUGAUUGCAGCUGUUACUGGACAGAUGCCCCUUAUACAAUUACUUGUUUCAAGAAAUGUAGACAUUGAUAAACGAGAUAAUGUCCAUGGCUGGACAGCAUUAAUGCAAGCUACAUAUCAUGGAAAUAAAGAAGUUGUUAAGUAUUUAUUAAAUCAAGGAGCUGAUGUCAACCUGCGUGCUAAAAACGGAUAUACAGCCUUUGACCUGAUAAUGCUGCUGAAUGACCCAGAUGCGGAACUUGUGCGGUUGUUGGCCUCCGCCUGCAUGCAAGAAAAGAAUAAGCAGAACAGCAAAGUAACUGCACUCUUUUCCAGAAAUAAGCAGUCCAUAGGUAUUCCAUUGUUGCCAGAUGACAAGGGAGGGUUGAAGUCAUGGUGGAACAGAAUGUCCAACAGAUUUCGCAAAUUGAAGAUGACCCAAACCUUAAAUUAUGGAUUUUCCAUGAAUCAAUCUAUACCUUUUCCAGAAGAAUCAAAAUCCCCAUUUGACUGUACAAUGAAGGCUGCAUUACAAAAUGAUAAUACUGUGAAUCAUGAUGCCACUACAGCGUGGGCAACAAAAAGCAAGUCUAAUGUUAUCCAUACUGCCAAGGCUGGAAAGGAUGAUGAUUUUUUGACCACUGUGUUAAGAAGUGGGGCUCCAUCUACACGGCUUCCCAAUGACAAACUGAAAGCUGUUAUUCCACCUUUCUUGCCCCCUUCAAGUUUCGAGUUGUGGAAUUCUGAUAGAACACAGAACAAAGAUGGCAACAAAGAACAAACAAGACUUGGCUUUCCACACAGAUCUACAAGUAUUGACUAUAGUGCUGACAGAACAUCCUUAAGCAGAGGUAGUAGACCAAUUAAACUAUCCACUUUUGCAAGGAGACCUCCAACUCCCAACAAUUCAAGUAAUUUCAACCAUUCGCCUCAUUCUUCUGGUGGAUCCAGCAGCAUAGGAGGAGUUAGCCGGCAUGGUGGAGAACUGCAUAAUAAAUCAGGUGGCAGUGCGGACAGCGUUUUAUCCCAAAUUGCAGCUCAAAGAAAAAAAGCUGCUGGUAUAUCUGAACCAAAAUCAAGUCAACAGCCAAUUAUAGUAGGGUUAAUUUCAUCUUGUCCUCCUGAUGUGGAAAAUGCACAGACCAUUGGAAAUGGACAUAUUAUUAAGGUAAAACAGAAAUUGGACGUGAACCAAAAACCUCCUUCUGAGAAUUCUUCUACCUCUAAAAGCACAUCCCCAACUCUCACACCUUCACCAUCUCCAUUACCAUCCCCCAAGAUACAGAGUGCAGGGUCUUCUCUUUCUUCGUCUCACAGACAAGGGAAAAGCAGUGGGGGCUCCAGCAGUGGGACUUUAACUGAUGAAGAUGAACUUACAAGCAUCCUGAAAAAACUCUCUCUUGAAAAGUACCAGCCUAUCUUUGAAGAGCAGGAGGUAGAUAUGGAAGCUUUUCUCACUCUUACAGACGGGGAUUUGAAGGAACUGGGAAUUAAGACUGAUGGCUCUAGACAACAAAUUCUAGCAGCUAUUUCAGAGUUAAAUGCAGGAAAGGGACGAGAGAGAAAAAUUUUACAGGAGACAAUACACAAUUUCCACUCAUCUUUUGAAAGCAGUGUCAGCAACACAAGCCCUGGGAAACCACAGACACCUGGAUGCUGGGUGAGACCACAGGAACCAUCUCCUACCAAGAGGUAAACUUUGAACCAGUGUAAGAAACAUGAAAUACAGAUCAAGUACACUUUUGCAACAUUACAUUGUGGAAUAUGCUGGAAAUAUAUUGUGUUAAUAGCAGAAACUGUACUACAUUUGUAAAAUAGACUUAGUUUUAAUAAAGCUGGUCAUAUUUGAA